AUGUCAGAAGGAAUCUACGAAUUUGAAGGGAAUGUAACUAGCACAAAUAUUGAUUGCCCAGUAUAUGGCAAUGUAGGAGCUGACAAGACCAAACCAGAUUCAGCAUAUUGUCAGUGGUGGAAAAGACCUUCUGGAGUUGCUGCUGUGUGUCUGGGACUGCUGUGUGUUCUGCUUCUGGCUGGGAUCAUAGGACUGUCAGUCUCCUAUGGCGUCAUUGGCCGUCAAUACUUCACAGAAAGAAACAAACUACAGACCAGCAACAAGAACCUGACUGAAGAGAGAGACCAGCUACAGACUAGUUACAACAACCUGACAAAAGAGAGAGACCAGCUACAGAGAGACAGAGACAUUUUCCAAAGGUUAUUGGUGAAAUAUCCAAAUGGAUGGAAAGUUUUUGGUAACAGCAUCUAUUACGUCUCCACUGAGGAAAAUAACUGGGAAUAUGCCAACCAGGACUGUCUGAAGAGAGGGGCACAGCUAGUCAUCAUAAACAGCCCAGAGGAACAGAAAUUCCUCAUUACAUUAAACAUACGUUCUUGGAUCGGUCUGACUGACCGUGAGACUGAGGGGACCUGGAGAUGGGUGGACGGCACACCUCUGACUACAGCGUACUGGGGAGGAAAAGAGCCUAAUAGUGGUGGUGGUAUAUACAAAGAUGAGGACUGUGCAGAGAUUAAUAAUAUUUGGUAUAGUGAUCCUGUAAAGAACUGGAAUGACGAUUUAUGUACCACACAACAUAACUGGAUUUGUGAAAACGUCAUUUAUUAACAAUACUUUGUUAUCUACUAUACAAUCAGAAUGUAUUAAGACAGUACACAAAUAAUAAAUAAUAUGCCAUUUAGCAAAAAUGUGUAUGUAAAUUGACUUUCAGCCAUGGAGAGCUGGGGUUGAUUUUAAUGUUCAGUAUUGAUCUGAAUUUUGCCUUUAAAAUAAUAUCAAAUGCAUUGAAAAAUUGUAGGUUGAAUUGAAUAGAGAAAUCAGGCUUGACUGGUUGA